AUGGACAGGUCAAGAACUUUCCGCUCAAAGUUAAACGUUAAACGAGGAACUAAAUUAUAUCCUAUUUUUACAAAAAAUCUACACAGUGAAGUUUUGCUCGACAAUUUUAUCGAAAAAGAUUUACAAUCUCUUUUAAAACCACUCAAUAUAAUGUAUUCCGUUUUCAUCUGCGCCAAGUAUAGUAUUCGUGAUAACUUCAUCACUUCUAACAACUUUCUCUAUAACUUCACUGGAGUAUUCACCACCGGUCUGUUUCUGUGCAUCAGUGUCUAUCGCAUAUGUUCCACCCUCUCGUCGAAGCGCAUCGAAUAUGUUAUCUUUGAGUGGAAUACGAUUUUCAACUUUAUGAGUUACUCGCUUGGGUUGAUUAUGAAUUACAUCAUUAAUAUCAGGUUCAGUGACAAGAAUAUUCAGCUAGUCGUAAAGGUUCAAAGUGUCCUUAGAGUUUUGAAGAUGAACCGCAAAGAUCUCACGUGUUUACUUGUUUACAAUUGGAGUGGUGUCUUAGCUAUAAAUGCUCUUAUCGUAGGGUCUAUCGCCUACAUGAUGUAUAUUUUCUUUCCACACGUUGACAUUUUAGAUGUGAUUUAUUUCUAUUCGACCAUUGUUUUUGACGUCAAUAUAAUGUAUUCUCUAUUUGUCACCAACUUCAGUCGCAAAGCGUUGUGUUCGUGGAUUAAUGAUGUUCUUCAGUCGGGGGAUGAUUCCGAUUUCUAUUGGAAUCGAAUAUUUAAUGUUUAUUUGAACAUGUUAGAUAUUUACACGACACUUGAGGUGGUAUUUCAAUAUUCGGUGAGAUUCCACUACCUAGAAAUCUUUUUAAACUACUAAAUUUCCUUAUACCUUGAAA